UACCGAUAAAUAAACCGGAAGUAUAUUUAGCGUCUAAACUUAAAACUUUGUUAUUGCGGGCCAGACGUCUGCAACAACAAAAUGCUGCGUCAACGCGCUCUACGUGAUGUGCAGAAUGAAUUUAAAAACAUUAUUGAAAAAGAAGCUAAAAAUUACGAGCUGAUGAAUUUGGAAAUAUUUAACUGCAGCCCAGAAGGUAGUUUCAAAUCUGCAAAUAUUAGGAUGCCACUUUUUGGGAUAGAGGAGCCCGUGCCUACUGAUCCGCCAACGCCAUGGCACAUCUUCAUGUUCGAAUACGAAGAUGUAUUCAAUUUAAAAAAUCUGGAAUUGUUGGUGCAAGAUAAACAACCUGGUGACAGCGAUGUCGAUCCGGAUCUGAUGGCGGCCUACAAUUCCCUGGUAGAUUAUAUUGCAGGUAAAGAAGCACAUGAUGUUUGUUUAUCAAAAGUUUGCAAAACCAGAGAUGGAAACUUGCCUGCGUCAUCAUCAGAAACGGAUAUCGCCUACUCUUUAGCAGUUCACUUAUUUGCGCCACUGACUGUUGGUGCGUGUAUCCUAGACAACCACUCCAGGGCUUGGCCAAAAAGCUGCCCUGGUGGUUGCAAUGGAACAGUACAAAAGGGACCUACUGGCAUUGGUGCUAUUCAAAUUUGGCACGGUUUUGCUGAUAUUUUGAUCAGCCAGAAGAUCCCUCUGAAGAUUUGGAAAGAGGUCCCGGAAAUUGUCACAAAUGAGCAUGAUGAAGACAGUGAGGAGGAUUCAGAUAGUGUAACCGAAGGUGCAUCGUUAUCUCCAUGUGCAAUGUAUUCAUUAAACAUUGAAACUAAAAAAAAUGAUUUGGCCAUGAAGCAGCCACUUUGCCAGUUAAUAGCACAAACAAUCACCAACAGUUUUGCACAAGUCAAUGAGAACAAACAACUCUCACAAUUUCUUAUUCCAUCUUUCGGCUGUUCCAAUAAUCAGAUUGUGAUUUUUGGAUAUGACUCUGAAAAUGAUGUUCUGGUGAAGAAGGUUGAUCCCAUUCUGUUGUGGACAGGUGCAGAUAACAUUUGGCAUCUUUCAGUUUCUGCUGUUGUUCAAAUUUGGAUGUACAUGCAUUUUCCACUUCUGAUGCUGCCGUCCCUGGCAAAUCAAUAUGACACCAAUAUUCGGUCAAAUUUUCACAGCAGCCACACAAUCGAAUUUUUUCGUAAAUAUUCAAAAUGCCAAACGAAAGGAUUUCCACAUGAGGGUGGUGUCAAACUUCUUAAUACACGUUAUUCCAGACCAACAAAAAAAUUGAAAACUAAUUAACCUUGGUUUGGCUGCUUCAUUGCAAGUACAUGCAUAUUGAUAAAAGUUUGUGGAGUGAAUACCAGGUGAACAGUUCAAUGGUAUUGCACACAAGGGCUCCUAUUUAUGUCAACUAUUAAUUAUUGUAUAUAUAUAUAUCGAGUGUAACAAUGGCUAAUAUAGUUCCUAUUGUGGACAUUUAUACUUGAACUCACAUACAGUACUGUAAACGCAUUAUAUAAUACAGUGUGAGAAAUUGGACUUCAUUCUAUCAUAGCCCCAUUGUCAAUUUUCAAUGCUUUUACUAUAGGGAACAUGAAGAAAUGUUAAAUUUUAUCAAAGCCCGACAACAUUUAUCAUAGCCUGGGGCUAUCGGUCUAUCACUAAUAUCAAAUUAUCCUUUGGAUCCAAAAGUCGUAAAUUGAUUAAAUGUUUUAAAGGGAUUUAUAAGCACCUUUUUCAUUUCCAAAGUAGAAAAUAUAUUUACCUAAACAGUACAAUAUUAUAAGAAUAUACAGGAUUUGGGGGAACAACUGUAUAUGAGUGCCAUACUACCACACAUUUAACGAAAUGAGAACAAAAAUAAAAGUUUAAUCAUCUAUUAAAAUAAAUAGAUUUUACAAACACAUUUUGGGCAUCAAUCUAUUCAAAGUAUGUCGUUGUAACAUAUAUAAUGAACUAAUUUCUAUUUUGCCUAAAAAUGACAAGAUUUGGAGUAAUGAAGAAACCUCAGGUUUUGGGCGAACUGUUCUCUUGCACGUUGUUUAGACAAGAAAAAUAACACUUUGAAAUGCUUACGUUAAUUUAAUAGUGAAUUGUCAAUUCCGUAUAAUGCAUAUUAAGGACGCAUGUUAUAGGGUCAUAAUGUAUCAUCAACAAUAAUCAACAAUUUCUAUCAUGCCGGAA